ACAUAGUUCGUUGAUUUAACAAAGUAAAGAAGGUUGUAAGUCCGCUCCAUGUACCUUGUUUUUUUCUCGCGUGGCAUGGGAUAAAAUCGGGCAAUCCCGAGCGGGCAAUAUGUGCUCAUCUUACCCGCUCGGGUAGCCCAUCAGAACACAGGAUUCGCUUCAUCUUGCGCUCGGGCGCUGUCAGCCAUAUAAUAACCAGCCAUCUUGACCACACACUUGGUCAAUAACACACGUUUAUCUUCGCAACAAUUGUGUAAGCCUGCCCUUGCGUUUCUUUUCGGGUUUUUAAUUCUUACAGAUAAUAUCUCAGUUACGAUAUUUAUAUGGCGAGGGUGAAAUGUUUGAGCCCGGCCCAUGAAAUCUUUGAGCCUAUGAAAUAUCAUUAAGAUGGAAGUUCUGGAGGUUUAUUUCGUAGAAAGAUGUUCUCGCUGUAGUGUCAUAUCUCUGAGUAUGUAUUCAUCAUGGGAAUGGAUCGGCGUGACUGCAUGAAUGCAUGACUGUAUGUUAAUUAUAACUAUGAAGAUAAUGUGUAAAAUGUAUUUAAGUUAUGAGUGAAUAUUUAUUAAAGAGUUGUAAGUUAUAACCGUGUAAGCGUAAUUAUGUCAGACUUUACACUCGCUACAGCUAAAUAAUCAGCGAUGAUCUUCGUCUAAUCUUCCAGAAAAAGCAAAAAUCAACAAACAAUCACAUGCUGACAUCAUUUAUUCCCUUUGGAAAAGCUCUUGCAUUUAAUCAAUGCUUCAACGAACGCAGCAAAACAAAAGAAUAAAGCCAUUUCUUGUUCUAGCAAAUGCGUCACCCUUUGAAGUGAAGUGAUACGAUCAUUCGGAAGAGGGACUGACUCCAUGCACUUAUAACUGUCAAGCAGUUCGGAAAUAGAGCCAUGAAUACUGAGCUGACAUUCCGCCUAGCUCAAACCAGCGAUUUUGACGAGAUCCUAAAACUCUCAGAGGGUGUCUAUGAUGGUCAAGACUAUCUUCCCCUCCGAUUUCAUAAAUGGAUGCAAAUGGUCAAUGUUGCAGUGAUGUUGGCUCACUCAAGUGGAAGGCUCAUUGGUCUGGUUCAGUGUUCGGUUGUUGGAAGAACAGCGGUGCGACAAGCCGCCAGGGUACUACCAGAGUUUCGUGGUCGGGGUGUUUACAAACGGCUAUCAAAAGCAAUGAACGAGUUCGUGCGAAGACAUUACCCAGCUGUACAGCGAGAGAUGUUUACAUCAAAUAUGUGCCACUUCCCCGCAAGAGAAAUUACAGAGAUGAGAAGUAUAAGGACUUCAGCUGUAAAUAAGAGUCUUUUUGCGCUCGAGUCUCUCAAAGUUAAUUUCUCAGACCAGGUAGAGCCUUGUAUGAAAGAGUACCUUUGUGAAGUAAUCUUCACAAGUCCUUUUGCGCGGAAUUUGUUUCCAUACAACUCCAUUAUACUUGAUUGGAUUCCCAUGGAGCCCUUACAAUCAAACAUCGAUCAUUUUCACCAUGAACUUGGUCACGAUUUCUAUACCGUUGUCGAUAAAUGUGGCGAAGAUGCUAUUCCCAGAUCUGUCAGUUUUGGUGUUCUGUCACCAAGGGUAGGAUGCACUGAUUGGAGUGUCACGAUUUAUACGAGUGACCCAAGCCUGUACGAAGCUCACGUUGUACAUCAAUUACAGCAUGCGUUCCAGGUUGCUGAUGGAGACAUUUUUGUUUGUUUUAUUCAAGACAAAAGUUUCUCAAAACAAGGGAGAAGACUUCUCAGGGAAUGUUUGCCCCAAGUGGAAUUUGACGAAGAAUGGUCAACUCUCUUCGUCUGUGAAAAUGAGAUUCAAUCCCAAGAAGCAUAAACGCAUGAACAUUUACCUCAAGUGGAAUUUGACGAAGCAUGGUCAACUUUCCUUCCUCUGUGAAAAUUCAAUCCCAAGAGGAGCGACUAAUUAU